AGCAGGCUGUGGUAACAGUAUAACAAUGCAGCAAAGCUUCAGGACUAUUCACCAGCAGCCAGGCUAGAGAGAUGUUUUGUGUAAGGUGAUUCUCUGGCUCUGGAGCACACUAGCAAACACGGUGCAACAGCUGCUGCCUUCCAUUAUAGGCUGUGGGCUCAAACUGAAGCACGGCAGCUGGCUUGCAUGGGGGGCGAAAUAUACGCUUAGUCCAGUUUUUUUUUUUUUUUUUAAUUACUUAUUACUUUUGAUUUUUGACAUCACAAUGGACAGGGACUUAAAUCUCAACAGGGCAGAAACCUUUUCCUUUAUCAAUCCUUGGAUCCGAUAUUUUCUCUUCUUCUUCAGCUUCUUAUUUUGGGUGUUCUCUUUGCUUAUUGUUGCUAUAGGAGUAUACGCUAAAGUCCAAAAAGCAACAGACACAGUUCGAGACUCAUUCCUCAUCGAUCCAGCCAUCAUUCUGAUAGUGGUGGGGGUUGUGAUGUUUUUUAUCACCUUCUGCGGCUGCAUCGGCGCUCUGCGAGAAAACAUUCGUCUGCUGAAAACAUUUUCAUUUAGCCUCACCCUGGUCUUCCUCACCCAACUGGCCAUAGCAGUCCUGGGCUUCUUCUACUCUGACCAGACACGGGACGCUUUGGGGAGGUUUGUGAGGAAAGCCAUUGUGCAUUACCGUGAUAACCUGGACCUUCAGAAUCUUAUGGAUUACAUUCAGAAAGAGUUCAAGUGCUGCGGCUGGAACAACUACACUGACUGGUCCUGGAAUCUGUACUUUAACUGCAGUCAAGGCAACCCCAGCACAGAGAGAUGUGGAGUGCCGUUCUCCUGCUGCACCCCAGUACCUGGAGAGGGUGUAAUCAAUACCAUGUGUGGAUUUGGGGUUCAGACUCAGACGUACCUGGAUGCUGAAAAAUCCAUCUAUCCUGUAGGCUGCGCAGAGAGAGCAGUGACGUGGAUUGAAUCUCAUCUGUUGCUGGUUGGAGCAUUGGCUUUGGGUCUGGCCCUACCACAGAUUGCAGGUAUUGUGCUGUCUCAGAUCCUCAUCUCUCAGAUCCAGAAUGAGAUCAGCUCCGUGCUGUAGAGCCUGAAGCAGAGAAGACUGCACAGCCAGAUGCUGAACAUACAGAUGGGUGAUGAAUUCAAGGGAAAGGGAAACCCCUGAAUAAAUGAUUGGAGAAACAUUACGAGUGUAGAUGUUUCCAGACAGGUAUUCUACAUACACCAAGCAGUUAAUGUGGUACCAACCUCUUGGCCUAAAAAAUAAAUGUUGACCUCAAUUUGGUAUACAUACCAUCAAGAGAAAAAAAUCCAAUACUAUGUUCAGACUGCAGGCAAAACGGAUCAUUGGAUAUUUCUCAAUUCAGAUCCAUUGAGAAGACUGUCAACACUAAUCGCAAGUGAUCAGAUCAGAUUUGUGUGUCUGGAUGUAACAAACAUGUGUAACAACUGGUGGUGUGAGUCAGUGUCAGUAACUAACCUUUGGCACUCUUCUUGGACCCUCCACACUUCUGUCAAUCUGGAUUUAAUUAGGUCAUUGUGUUCCAUAUUGCAUGUGAUUAAUCACCUCGAAUAGUAUUUGCAUUUCAAAUCACCUUUAGUUAUUUUUAUACUGUCCAGACAAUCAAAAAUCAAUUGGAAUAGAAUUUAGAUACGCCAAAAAUCAUAUUACGAUGGACCAAUCACGAGUACAAGCUAGUACAUACACAGAAAGGAAUUUCACAGGAUUGUAGUGCAUACUUAUUAGAAAAACUAAUACACAUUUAAGAGAUCUAGGAAUAAAAAUCUCAUUAAAAGGUUUUGUUUGGAUAUAACAAACAAAAAAGGAUAUGAUGUGGUAUUAAAUAUGACGACUAUUAUGUUUUAAAGAACGAAAAUAUAUUUUAAAGGACAUAACAAUUGCACAGCUAAACUUGACUGAAGAGAUGGAAUAUUUUGGGCCAAGAUUUUGGAAGUGAAGCACAGUGCUUUCCACCACCAUCAUUAUCAAAACACCAGUAUCUCUCAGAGGAUCUCUGCAGCACAUUUCCAGACGUUUCCUGGAUCUCUGCCAAAGGUGCACUGAA